AAGUGAUAUUAGUCCCGGGGAUUUACGUUCAACAAAAAAUAUGUAUUAGAUUCAUCGUCGCAGUUCUUAUAGUAUGGUUCCCGAGAUCUACCGUUCCUCGCUAUGUGAAUUUAUUUCUGCUAAAGAGACUUUGAUUAAAUUCACGAAAUCGUUUAAUAUAGGAAAAACGUAUAUAGCAUUUUAGAGUCUUCUAAGUUAAAAAUUUGGCAUGAGGCAAUAUCAAUUAAAUUUUAUUUGGCAUUGUGGCGGUGACUGGCGCUCCGGGAAAUUCAGUAGAAGCUUUGGGCCUUCAAAUGAGUGGAAUCUUUCCAUUCGUCCAGAUGUUUUAUUAAACACGAAACGUUUAUGUCUACAGAGACGAAAUCCUGGGCUACCACUUAAGCUAAAAGGCCAUUUAAUGUUAAAUCCAGGAAUUUUCAGAAAUUUUGAAGCUUCUAUGGACAAGCUAAGCACUUUCAUUUUCCUUCCAAUUUUUUCUAGGACGCCUCAUUUUUACGCAGAUCUUUAUAUAAAAAUUCAAUUUGAGGUAACUGAAAUGGAACCUUCUGAUGCAAAAACGAAUGCAAAUGAAAAGGAAGUGCAAACUGAUAGUGAUUUCGAUAUUUUAAAUGUAAGAGGCAAGCCCAUAGCAACAAUUGACACGAAUUCUUUAACCAGCUUAUCUCGGGAUAUGCAAACUAUGUACGAAGAACAUCACCAUUCAGACUUCACAGUCAUCUGUGGCUCAGAAAAAAUUCACGUUCAUAAGUGUGUUCUUUCGGCCAGAUCUCCAGUUUUCGCAAGCAUGUUGCAACAUCCAGUGAAUGAAAAAGCAGAGAACAUAAUGAUUAUACCCGACAUCGAUGCCGUUGUGUUGAAUCAGCUGGUAUCAUACAUGUAUACCGGACUCAUAAACGAGCUUUCUUAUCCCAUGGCACGAGACCUAUAUUCCGCAUCCGACAAGUACGCUGUGCUGCAGCUGAAAGAUAAGUGUAGCCAGUUUAUAAUUUCGUCUCUCUGCACUUCCACAGCUGUUGAGAUAUUAAUUUUAGGAGACAUGCAUAACGAUAUUAUACUCAAAAAUUGUGCCAUUAGUUUUAUUUCCGACAAUUUUGAAGAGCUGAAUACUACCGAAGCAUGGCUUACUCUUGUGAAAGAGCGUUCCCCUUUGGCAGUUGAAGUUUUGUCUUCGGCGAUGACUCACCUGAAAUCGAAAUUUAAGAAUGGAAAAUAAUUCAUUAUUCCUUUUAACUGAUGAUACAUUAUUUAAUGAUUAGUUCAGUGUAGCAUGGAGUUUUGUUUUGGAUACCAAAUUCUUGCCUUUCAGUGUUUCAUCUUGAAUAUUGUCGUAUAUAAACAAAUAUGAAAUGGUUUAUCAUUUUGAUAAUAUUGUAGCAUAGAUAUGCUUAGUAGCUAUUCAUUUAUUUUUAUGUAAAUUUACAAUUGAUUUUCAAAAGUAAGUUUAUAUUUAUUUUGCCUGUUCCUAAUAUUAUUUAGUAUGUUCAUUGAUAAAUUAUGAAUGAAGAUCUGGGUAAAGUGAUGGAAGAUAUUUGCAAAAUUUUUAUUCGAAUAUCAAAAUAAAUCACUAUGGUAUCAAUUACUCUUACGGUUUACUCCACAAUCAUUUGAAAAGGGAUGGAUGAAUAAUUAUAUUGAUUUAGUUUUAAAGUUAUUUAGUUUUAAAGUUACGAAAACCCUAAUACAUUAUACUAAAUUUUAAGCAUAAUGAUAUUAUUAAUAAUUGGUUCUGUAUUUACAUUUUAAUAUCUUUUACAUUUUGGCUUUCUUUUCCGGUUAUGUUUGGUUAAUGUAUAUGUAUGUGUAUAUAUAUAAAGUUAAGUUGUAAGAACAAACGAAAAAAGACCUAUAUAUGUAUGCUAAAUGUUUGGGUUAUAAAUACUUCAUGAAAUUUAACUGCAGCAGAUAAACUUUAAAAACACAGGAAAAUAAAGUAUGCAUAAAAGUUAAUAAAAUUAGAAUUUAUGUAA